AGACCAAAGAGGGCAGAACACCAGCACCAUGGGGAAGGCAGAGAAUUACGAACUGUACUCAGUGGAACUGGGGUCUGGCCCCGGUGGGGACAUGGCCGCCAAGAUGAGCAAGAAGAAGGGCGGUGGGGGAGGCAAGAAGAAGGAGAAGCUGGAGAACAUGAAGAAGGAGAUGGAGAUUAACGACCACCAGCUGUCAGUGUCUGAGCUGGAGCAGAAGUAUCGGACCAGUGCUACCAAGGGCCUGACUUCGAGUCUGGCAGCUGAGCUGCUGCUGAGGGAUGGGCCCAACGCGCUGCGGCCUCCUCGCGGUACUCCUGAGUACGUGAAGUUCGCCCGGCAGCUGGCAGGCGGUCUGCAGUGCCUCAUGUGGGUGGCUGCUGCAAUCUGCCUCAUUGCCUUUGCCAUCCAGGCCAGCGAGGGUGACCUGACCACAGAUGACAACCUGUACCUGGCGCUGGCACUCAUUGCUGUGGUUGUAGUUACUGGCUGUUUUGGCUACUACCAAGAGUUCAAGAGCACAAAUAUCAUCGCCAGCUUCAAGAAUCUCGUACCCCAGCAAGCCACUGUAAUCCGAGAUGGGGACAAGUUCCAGAUCAAUGCAGAUCAGCUUGUGGUGGGCGAUCUGGUGGAGAUGAAAGGCGGGGACCGUGUCCCAGCAGACAUCCGAAUUCUGUCAGCCCAGGGCUGCAAGGUGGACAAUUCCUCACUCACCGGAGAGUCUGAGCCACAGACCCGCUCACCUGACUGCACACAUGAGAGUCCCCUGGAGACCCGCAACAUCGCCUUCUUCUCCACCAUGUGUCUGGAGGGCACAGCGCAGGGCCUGGUGGUGAGCACCGGUGACCGGACCAUCAUUGGGCGCAUAGCAUCGCUGGCCUCGGGUGUGGAAAAUGAGAAGACUCCUAUUGCAAUCGAGAUUGAACAUUUUGUGGACAUCAUUGCGGGCCUGGCCAUCCUCUUCGGUGCCACAUUCUUUGUGGUGGCCAUGUGUAUCGGCUACACCUUCCUUCGGGCCAUGGUCUUCUUUAUGGCCAUUGUGGUAGCCUAUGUGCCUGAGGGGCUGCUGGCUACUGUCACAGUCUGCCUGUCAUUGACAGCAAAGCGUCUGGCCAGUAAAAACUGUGUGGUCAAAAACCUCGAAGCAGUGGAAACCCUGGGCUCCACAUCAGUCAUCUGCUCAGACAAAACUGGAACUCUCACUCAGAACCGCAUGACCGUGUCCCAUCUAUGGUUUGACAACCACAUCCACACAGCGGACACCACGGAAGACCAGUCAGGGCAGACAUUCGACCAGUCCUCGGAGACGUGGCGGGCGCUGUGCCGCGUGCUCACCCUGUGCAACCGCGCCGCCUUCAAGUCUGGCCAGGACGCAGUGCCGGUGCCCAAGCGCAUCGUGAUCGGAGACGCGUCUGAGACUGCACUGCUCAAAUUCUCGGAGCUGACGCUGGGCAACGCCAUGGGCUACCGGGACCGCUUCCCCAAAGUUUGCGAGAUCCCCUUCAACUCCACCAACAAGUUCCAGCUAUCCAUCCACACGCUCGAGGAUCCGCGGGACUCCCGGCACUUGCUGGUGAUGAAGGGCGCCCCCGAGCGCGUACUGGAACGCUGCAGCUCCAUCCUCAUCAAAGGCCAGGAGCUUCCCCUGGAUGAGCAAUGGCGUGAGGCCUUCCAGACUGCCUACCUCAGCCUGGGAGGCCUGGGCGAACGCGUCCUUGGUUUCUGCCAGCUCUACCUGAAUGAGAAGGACUACCCACCUGGCUAUACCUUCGAUGUGGAGGCCAUGAACUUUCCAAGUAGUGGCCUCUGCUUUGCGGGACUCGUAUCCAUGAUUGACCCUCCCCGGGCCACCGUCCCUGAUGCUGUGCUCAAAUGCCGCACGGCAGGCAUCCGGGUGAUCAUGGUGACCGGUGACCAUCCCAUCACAGCCAAGGCCAUCGCAGCCAGUGUGGGCAUCAUCUCAGAAGGCAGUGAGACAGUGGAAGACAUUGCUGCCCGCCUCCGCAUGCCCGUGGACCAGGUUAAUCGGAAGGACGCCCGGGCCUGUGUGAUCAAUGGCAUGCAGCUGAAGGACAUGGACCCAUCUGAGCUGGUGGAGGCCCUGCGUACCCACCCUGAGAUGGUGUUCGCUCGCACUAGUCCCCAGCAGAAGCUGGUCAUUGUGGAGAGCUGUCAGCGACUGGGUGCCAUCGUGGCUGUAACAGGGGAUGGUGUGAAUGACUCCCCGGCCCUGAAGAAAGCCGACAUUGGUGUAGCCAUGGGUAUUGCUGGCUCGGAUGCUGCUAAAAAUGCUGCUGACAUGAUCUUGCUGGAUGACAACUUUGCUUCCAUUGUGACGGGCGUGGAGCAGGGCCGACUGAUCUUUGACAACCUGAAGAAAUCCAUCGCCUAUACACUGACCAAGAACAUUCCAGAACUGACGCCCUACCUCAUCUAUAUCACUGUCAGUGUGCCCCUACCCCUUGGGUGCAUCACCAUUCUCUUCAUAGAGCUCUGCACAGACAUUUUCCCAUCUGUGUCCCUGGCAUAUGAGAAGGCCGAGAGUGACAUCAUGCACCUGCGUCCACGGAACCCCCGGCGGGACCGGCUGGUCAACGAACCCCUGGCUGCUUAUUCCUAUUUCCAGAUUGGUGCCAUUCAGUCGUUUGCAGGCUUUGCUGACUACUUCACGGCCAUGGCCCAGGAGGGUUGGUUCCCUCUGCUGUGUGUGGGGCUGCGGCCACAGUGGGAGGACCACCACCUACAAGAUCUCCAAGACAGCUACGGCCAGGAAUGGACAUUUGGUCAGCGUCUAUACCAGCAAUACACCUGUUACACCGUGUUCUUCAUCAGCAUCGAGAUGUGCCAGAUUGCUGACGUCCUCAUCCGCAAGACACGCCGCCUCUCUGCUUUCCAGCAGGGCUUCUUCAGGAACAGGAUCCUGGUGAUAGCUAUCGUGUUCCAGGUCUGCAUUGGCUGCUUCCUGUGCUACUGCCCAGGGAUGCCCAAUAUCUUCAACUUCAUGCCCAUCCGGUUCCAGUGGUGGCUGGUCCCCAUGCCCUUUGGCCUCCUCAUCUUCGUCUAUGAUGAGAUCCGGAAACUUGGAGUUCGCUGUUGCCCAGGGAGCUGGUGGGACCAGGAACUCUACUAUUAGAGGGACUGCAGCCUUCAGUUAUCCUCCACCUACCAGCAGCACGAUGGAGAUGAGACUAAGGGGCGGCCACCAAAACAUCUACGCAACUGAUUCCCAGCCCUGGCUGUGCCCACUUCUGCAGCCCAUACGCCCCUCACCCUGGAGUCCCACACCCUCUUGGAGCAGCCACACCCCAGGCAGACCUCUGAGGUGGGAAGGGUUAGACUAAGCAGUGGGCAGUUGCUCUGGAUGCAUGCCCAUCCCACGCCCUCCAUCGGGACAGAAGGCUGCCUGGGGCUGU